AUGUGUUUUGCCAACCUGAAGGCCAACAUUUGUUACGCCCAGUCUCAGAUCUAUGCUGCAAUGGGUGGCAGCAAAGGCCUUGGCAGUGCCAUUGAGUCGUUGAAAGAAGCAAGGAAGUUCAUGGCAGAUGCCAAGAACCAGGACGGCGAGCUCGAAUGCUUGCAGAUCAUCAGUGAGUUGCAGUUGAGCUCGCAAAAGGGCGACCUUGCCGUGGCCACUGGACAAGAAGCCUUGGCCGUGACGCAGGCCAGCGGGAACAAAUCGAAAGAGGCAGCGGCCUUGCUGCGGCUGGUCUCUGCCAGUUUGUCAUCUCAGAAUGAAGGUGAAGCAUUGAAGUAUGCAGAGAUGGCCGAGAUGAAGGCAAAGGAGGCGGAUGACAUUGAAAAGGAGGCCCAAGCAACCUACAACGUCGCAGAGAUUCUCUUGCGCAGGUUCUUGUCGCGUGAGGCUUUUGCCUUGAUGUGCGCACUUCUCAGGUCAUGCUAUCCAGACAUGGUCCUCUCAUGCAAACGUGUUGGAAUGGCUGUUGCAGAAGAGCUUGACACAGGCGGCGGUGAAGGCAUCGCCGAGCAGUUGGACGAUUGCUUUUCUGACGUUGAACAAUUGUUGGAUGAUCAUCAACUUGGUCAGGAAGCCACUCAAGAGACGGAGACGUUUCAGGAAUCCGAGGUCGCAGAGGUCCUUGCAGCCACUUGGAAGGAGAAAAGGCAAGAGCCGAACCGCUUGCAGAAGACCCGGCAAUUUCAGAAAGCUCGAGAUGUAAAAAGAAGCUCCCGCGUUGAAAUUGAGGAGAUGAAACGCAAUUCAACUUGCAAUCGAUGUGGACGCAAAGGGCACUGGGCCGUGAAUGUGCACCAGUUCAAAUUCGGAAACGGGGAAGUCGAGACUUCCACGGUAUCCAUACAAAUGCCGGUCGUGCUGGCCCAGCGCAAGGGCGUGAUCCGAGCUGCAGUGAUCAAGGGAGAUGCUCCACUUCUCCUUAGUAGAUCUGCUCUCAAGACCUUGGGAGCCACCUUGGAUUUUAAGCGUGAUUGUUUGCAUGUUUUUGGCACGAGAGUGCAGGUGACAGCGGAGACUCGUGAAUCCAAGGAUGCUGACGAUGCGCCCCGGAAAUCCGUGGAACAAGACCUCUUGACCGAGAAGCCCGCUCUUCUGGUGCUGUGUCCUCCUUGCACCAAUGAAGGCAAAUGCUGGAACGAAGUCUUGGCGGCAGGUUCCGCUGGCCAACGCACGGAUGCUGAGAUGCUACAGGCGUUGACCAAACUCCAUCGCAACUUAGCGACAACCGUGCGCUGCGAGUUGCCUCGCUGUGCCUGGUGCGUCCACGUCUGCCGCGUCUGGGCCCUAUGGACCAGUACGCCGAAGGGUGUCGGGAAAGGAUGGGCCAAUGUCUUUGUGGCGUCCAGAGCACGGAAGAAUGGGCUGGUGACGGCCGGAAAAUUUGAGAAACAAGAUCUCUCAUAUGCUGACCGUCGACCUGGCCUCAUCAAGUGA